AUGCCAUGCCAAACCCAUACAGUUUCAGGACCAAUCAAGAAGACAUCUAUGAGUGAUGACUCUUCCUCUGACAUGAUGGAUUUGGAAGAAUCAGCGCUUGUCACUGAUCCCCAUCUGGAGACCAACUUGAGGCGGUUACGAGAAGAAGAACGACUACUCCUAGAGCAACAGAAGGCUAUGGAAGCGGCUGGGAACACGGAUGAUAUUGCUACUCUUGAAUUGCUUGAUGCACUGCGUCUAAAUCAGAUCAAGCAACACGAGCUGAUGAAGCAACAAGCCGCUUUGGCCAAGCGCAACGCGAGGGCCCUGGGCAUGGAUUCAGCCCGACGGGACCCGCGACGGCGUGCUCCGUGCAACGUGCGCGUCAACCACUUACACAGCGCAAGCGCACCUGACUCUAUAGAAACAGACCUCGUCAAUUUCGGCGUGCCAACGAAAGGCAUUGGUAGCACACCAUUGAAGGGACACAAGGCGAGUCUUGCUGGCGAGCUUCGAUCCGCGGUAAAUGGAUACUGUGUGCGGCGAUCGAUACGUGCUGCGGCAGCCGCCGGCCACCUAAGCUCCGCCCCACACGUGCUUUCCCCCUCCGACCCCCACCCCGCGAUCUCCCCAGCUGCUCUGCGGUGCCCCCGUGUAAGGCGAGUCGGGAUCCUUCUUGCGGAGUAUGGCGCGGGCGUCUCCCAGCUCGUUCGCCACCCGCCUGUCACGUGUGACCCACCAACCUCCCAACUCGACCUUGCCUCAGACCAGUGA